AUGCGGUUCACCUCCCAAUGCUUUCACUGGAAUCCAAUCCAUCGUCGUGUUUUUCCCGGAAACCUGCAACAGGUUGUUGCGGAGAGAGAGUAUCCGGCGUUGGAUGUGCUGAUUUGCAUGGCUGAUCCCACCAAAGAGCCACCAGUUGGAGUGGUGAACACGGCCUUAUCUGUAUUGGCAUAUGACUACCCGACGGAUAAGCUUUCUGUUUAUAUAUCAGAUGAUGGAGGGUCUGAAGUGACACUUAAUGCGUUCAUGGAGGGUGCUAAGUUUGCUAAGCAUUGGAUUCCAUACUGCAAGAAGCAUAAUAUUGUUGAUCGGUCUCCUGAAGUGUAUUUUGAAAGUGAUCCUGUUUGGUUCCCUGAGACAAAUGAAAUCAAGGUGUUGUAUGAAAGAAUGAAAUCAAGGGUGGAGAAGGUGGUGAAAAGUGGUGGCGUAUGUUUGGAUGAGGUGAAGGAAUCCGAAAUUCGUGAUGCUUUCAAUAAAUGGACGCCUAAUUUCUCGCGUCGACAUCGUCUCACAAUUAUUCAGAACUUCUAA